CUCCCCCGCCUCCACCCUCCUCUGCUGAUCCAAUCAGGUCAACGCUGCGGCUGCGCCCCCUCCCUCCUCUGCUGCGGCUGCUGCGGCUUAGAUCUCCCUCUUCAAUCUGGAGAGAUAGGAGGAUUCUGAGAAGCAAACCGAGUAGGACUCCUCGAAUCAAGUCCGUCCCUUCAUCAGCAAAAGAAUCCCCGAGUGCCCAAUCCAAUCCAGUUCUUCGCGUAUUCGAAUCAGAUUAUGAAGUCCGGCGGUACGCCUGAGAAUAAUCGGCGCAUCGCGGAAGCUGCGUAUUUUCCUCCUCCGUCAUUGGGUCUUUGCAAGUCGUCCAAGAUUGAUUUUGCCUAUACGGAGGCCUGUAGCCUAGCCUGGACAAUGAGCUUAUGGAGUCUCGCUAUACACCCAGCAUAUCUGUGCUCGCUAGUCCUCAGAGCUUUGCCUAGGCUGCUGCGCCUCACUCCAAGUUCACUGAAGAAAUUGUGCAAGCAUCCUCCACUGAUCAAGACUAUGGAGGGCGCAUCGCCUGAGCUGCCUCAGGACAUCUUGAUGGGUAUAUUUGCCACCCUCGAGAUCCCUGACCUCCUUCGUGCCGGCUCAGUCUGCUCCUCCUGGCGCUCCGCGUACUCCAGGCUCCGCAGCCUUGGGCACUACACGCGUCCCCAGACGCCGUGCCUCCUCUACACCUCUGAAUCUGCCGGCGAGAGCGUUGCUUGCCUCUACAGCCUCGCGGAGAAGAGGACGUACAAGCUAGCUCUGCCAGGGCCACCCAUCAGAAAUAGGCAUCUGAUUGGGUCCUCGCAAGGUUUGCUUGUUACAGUUGAUGACAGAUCAGAGAUGCACCUUGUCAAUCCCAUCACUGGUGAACAGAUUAAUCUCCCUUCAGUGAUCACCGUUGAGCAUGUGAAACCCAUCUAUAAUGACUCUGGUGCUCUUCACCAGUACGAGUACUCAUACCACUCCGCAAAAAUGGUUUACGGUCCGCCAUCAAUUUUGGCUCUUGGAGAGCUGAGGAACAAGCUUCACCAUAAAGCUUUCGUGUUUUCUGAUACAUGCAAUGGAUACAUUGUGGCGCUCAUACACAAUCCAGCUAGUCAGCUCUCAGUUGCAAGGGCAGGGGAUGAUAGUUGGAUAUGGCUGCCACCAUACACCAACUAUGAUGAUUGCAUUUACAAGAAUGGCCUGCUGUACGCAGUCACUUCAUUUGGGCAAAUUCACGCUUUCGAUCUAAGUAGCCCUGUUCUCACGAUGAAGAUGAUUACACAGGAGCUAGAGCCUGAGGACCGGUUUCUGAAUACUUACAUUGUCCAAGCUCCAUGGGGCAAUCUUCUUCAAGUGUGGAGAUUAUGUGAGCACUGUGAUUUAGAACCCGAGCCUGGGGCAUCUGUGUUUUGGAGCACUGGAAAACUCAAAAUAUAUGAAGUCGAUGCUUCGUCAGGAGAGAAAAUUAAGAAAAUCAGUUGCUUGCGCGACCAUGUGUUGUUUCUUGGGCACAAUCAAUCACUUUGUCUUACUGCUCAAGACUAUCCCGCUCUCAAGGGAAACCAUGCCUACUUUACCGAUGACAGUGUGCUUUGGACAAGGGGACUCAAGAACAAUCCCCGUGAUAUGGGAAUUCUCGACUUGGGUAAUAACAGCAGGGAGGAACUUUUUUCUCCCCAGCUUUGGUCCAACUGCCCGGCUCCUGUGUGGAUUACACCCAAUCUUAGAAAGAUGAACCUGGCAUUCAAUGAAUAGGUUUUAGCUUCCUUUAUCUAUAAUUAUAGGUAAUAAUUAUUUAGUUUGGUAGGCGGUGGUCCUGUGUUGAUGAACUCUGUACUCGUACACUAGAACAAGUUUUUAAGAAGUUUCAUGGUAAGCGUAUGGCAAAAUAUGAGGAAAAAAGUAGACUUGUCCAAAAAUAUCAUCAUGCACCAUACAAAAAGACAAGAUUGUACUUAUAUUACAAAACAUGAGUGCAGUCUUUUUUCCUCUUUAUCCUAAUUAGAAUGUACAUGGAUCAUGUUUUUGCACAAAUUUUGUAUUUUCUCAUAUUUAUUAUGUACUAGUGCCACUGUUAUUUUUUUUCUUUGAUCUUCUUGAGUUGUAUAGAAUAUAGAGGAUAAUUUCUCAUGUAGUUCUCCACACAAUAAGAUGUGUCAAAUCAAAUGUAAAAGUUGAGGGAUUUGGAUGAACUUGCAAUAUGUACUCUACUGUAACAUUCAAUCUUGUAUGUUGCUGGAUUUGGAUAAUAACAUCAGGGAUUUGGCAUGUUAUUUUCAUUCAA